AGAGCCAAUCGCGCCAGGGUUUGUUGGGACGCGCCGGCAAGCCGCGUCUGCGGCGUCUGCUCCUCUGAGGAGAGGGGCGGUUGGUGUGGCCUCCAUUGUUCGGGUUGUAGGCGCCAUGAGGGGUGACAGAGGCCGUGGGCGCGGCGGGCGCUUUGGUUCCCGAGGAGGCCCCGGAGGAGGGUUCAGGCCCUUCGUGCCGCACAUCCCGUUCGACUUCUACCUGUGCGAGAUGGCCUUCCCGCGGGUCAAGCCGGCGCCGGAUGAGACGUCCUUCAGUGAGGCCUUGCUGAAGAGGAACCAGGACCUCGCCCCCAACUCUGCUGAGCAGGCCUCUAUCCUUUCUCUGGUGACGAAAAUAAACAAUGUGAUUGACAAUUUGAUUGUGGCUCCAGGGACAUUUGAAGUGCAAAUUGAAGAAGUCCGACAGGUGGGAUCAUAUAAAAAGGGAACAAUGACUACAGGACACAACGUGGCUGACCUGGUGGUAAUCCUAAAGAUUCUGCCAACAUUGGAAGCUGUUGCUGCCCUAGGGAACAAAGUUGUGGAAAGUCUAAGAGCACAGGAUCCUUCUGAAGUUUUGACCAUGUUGACCAAUGAAACUGGCUUUGAGAUUAGUUCUUCUGACGCUACAGUAAAGAUUCUCAUUACAACGGUGCCGCCCAAUCUCCGAAAACUGGACCCAGAACUCCAUUUGGAUAUCAAGGUGUUACAAAGUGCCUUAGCAGCCAUCAGACAUGCCCGUUGGUUUGAGGAAAAUGCUUCUCAGUCCACAGUUAAAGUUCUCAUCAGACUGCUGAAAGACCUGAGGAUUCGUUUUCCUGGCUUUGAGCCCCUCACACCCUGGAUCCUUGACCUACUCGGGCACUAUGCCGUGAUGAACAAUCCCACCAGACAGCCUUUGGCCCUAAACGUGGCAUACAGGCGUUGCUUACAGAUUCUGGCUGCAGGACUGUUUCUGCCAGGGUCGGUGGGUAUCACUGACCCCUGUGAGAGUGGCAACUUCAGAGUACACACAGUCAUGACUCUGGAACAACAGGACAUGGUGUGCUACACAGCUCAGACUCUGGUCAGAAUCCUCUCACAUGGUGGUUUUCGGAAGAUUCUCGGCCAGGAGGGUGAUGCCAGCUAUCUUGCUUCUGAAAUAUCUACCUGGGAUGGAGUGAUAGUGACACCUUCAGAAAAGGCUUAUGAGAAGCCACCAGAGAAGAAGGAAGGGGAGGAAGAGGAAGAGAAUACGGAAGAACCACCUCAAGGAGAGGAAGAGGAAAGCAUGGAGACUCAGGAGUGACCUUCCUCUCUCUUCAUCCCUUUUCUUUUCCAAGGGGAAGACUGCAGCCUAAGCUAACUGCUACUGGGCUUUAUAUGGUGGCAUUUCUGAGGGAUGGGGAGACAGGAAGGAACAUAAACUCUAUAGAAGGGAUUGUCAUUCCACUGGGUUCUGAUUGGCUCAGGAGCCAGAAGUCUCCCAUUUAUGAUCUAGGCCAUCCAUCCAUAGUGAAGCAGCCUACCAGCUUUUCUUCCUAAGACUUCAGAGAACCCAGUUCCUGGAAACCUCUCUCAACCAGUACUUUGUUAUUGAAAUGUUGUGAGCUGUUAGUGUCUGAUUUUUUUUUUUUUCCUUUUCUAAGAAAAAUGAUUAAAGUACUUCCUAGUAGG